GGGGCGGCGGGGCUUGGGCUCUCACCUGGGCUCUCACCUGGGCAGGUAGCUCGCACUUCCCGGCGAGCGGCGCUCGCGGCUGCGGCGUCCCGGCGCGCGUGCGGGGCGCGCGGGGAGCAUGGCGCGGUAGGGCCCCCGGGGACGGUGGUGCAGGGCUGCGUCCCGGGCCGGGCAGGGCGAGGGCGGGACGCUCCUUCCCCGGUGCCCGCGCGGCCUGCGACAUGAAGAAGAACCAGACGACGGUGCAGGGCACCUUCAGCAAACUCUUCGGGAAGAAGCAUGGCCACCCCGCCGCCGCGUCCCUCUACGCCACCAACCCGCCCUGGAUCUUCACCCAGGAGGCUCCGGAGGAGGGGGCCCGGCGCUUGGACGGCAUCUAUUUGGGAGAUCAUCGCUUUGACACGGUGAGUGAGUCGGGAACAGCCACCCUGAAAGCUCGGCCCAGAGUCCGGCCCCUGCUGACCUUCCUUCCUCUGAAUGCCCAGGAGAAUCAUGGGCUUGCUGUGCCCACCCCCUCUGUCCCAGAAGCCUUUGCAGACAAAGACGUGACAGGGCCCAGUUCGCUGGUGAACGGCAACCUUCGGCUCUACAGCUCCGUGGGUGACCUGAGGCCUGGGCAGUAUGGCCCCGACCCUCCCAUCCCCCCACCCCCUCCGGGCCCUGCCCCGGGGCCACCCCAGGACCCUUCACCCUCCCCAGGGGAGUCCCCACCCCCACCUCCCCCUUUCGCGGCUCCCCCGCCUCCCCCCCUGCUGCUGGAGCCCCCCACGCCGCCCAGCACGGCCCCGCCCCCGCCCCCGGUCCUGGACGCCCUGUCCCCCCCAUCCACGCCCACCCCGCCCGACUUCAUCCCCCCGGCCCCGCCACUGGCUUUCCUAGAUCCCUCUCCGCCCUCGUCGCCAGCCCCAGCGUCUCCCCACACCUUGGGGAUCCGGCUCUUUCCCCCUGAGGGGGUCCCCAAGUGGAAAUCGGAGGUGGCGCUGAGCGGCGGGCAGCCCGAGGCCCCCAGAGCCAGCCCGCCCAGGAGCCCCCUGGCCGCAGGCGGGGACCCCCACCGCACCUUCCCCCGCUCGUUCAAAGUGCCGCCCCCCACUCCAGUCCGGACCUCCUCCAUCCCCACCCAGGGAGCCUCCCCGGAGGAAGAGGGGGCCCUCAGGAAGCCCCCCAGCCGCCUCCCCCUGCCCCCCAGCUUCCACGUCCGCCCUGCGUCCCAGGUGUACCCAGACAGGGUCCCUGAGCCCCACCUCCCCAAGGAGCCCGGGGCCCAGGCCCCCCAGAGCCCAGGGCUCAGCAAGGCAAAUGAGGGAGCUGCAACCCCCCCUCCAGCCCCUCCCCUGCCCCCUCCCGCACCCCCACUUCCUCCUCCCGCACCCCCUCUUCCCCCUGCUGCUCCUCCAUUGCCCUCUGCCGGGCAGGCGGCCCCUCCGUCUCUUGGGCUCGUGAAAAGCUCCAAAUCCAGCUCACCUGCGCUCAAACCCAUCCCCAAACCCAAGCCCCCCGGCCCGGAGGACCGGGCCUCGCCCGAGCCCGUGGACUGGCGCGACCCCAGCCAGAUGGCAAAGCUGCGCAGCGAGCUGGCCGCCUACCUCUGCGGCUCCAGGAGAGAGGACAGGCCCCUCGCUCCCCGGCCAGGCCCCAACGUGCCGUCUCAGGACAAGGGCGGCAGGAAGGGCCACAGGCCCCCCGAGGAGCCGGCUUCCCCCGGCCUGCCCCGGAAGACGGGGGCCGCCAGCAGCCCGGCCCUGCCCCCUGUGGACUACGCGCCCCAGGACCCGCCGGCCCCCAGCGUGCGGCAGAUCAGGGAUGAGCUGGAGGCCCGGCUCGCCUCCGAGAAAGAAGCCAAACCCAAGGGAGGCCCUCUGCCUCCCAAACCUCGGCCAGAUGGGGCAAGAACCUUUGAAAAUGGGACCAAGCCCGCGGCCAAGAACUCACCACCUCUGCCUAUUACCCUUCUGCCCAAAACCACACCUGGGCCCUCCACACAACUCAAGAGCACACCUGGGCCAGCCACACCACCCAAGACCACACCUGGGCCAGCCACACCACCCAAGACCACACCUGGGCCAGCCACACCACCUGAGACCACACCUGGGCCCUCCACACCACCCAAGACCACACCUGGGCCAACCACACCUGGGUCUUCCACACCACCCGAGACCACACCUGGGCCUACUGCAUCAUCCACAGCUACAGCUCUGCCCAUCACAUCAUCCCCAGGAGAGGAUUUCACCCCGAGUGAGCAGCAGGAGAAGCUGGCAUCUCAAAAAGGAGUAGUGCCCUCCCAGACGCAGGUGGAAGAGCCUGGAUCCGAGGCUGGGAACCUGCCCGCCCCGGGAGCAGGCCUGGCCCUCCCAUCAAGGCUGUCCGCCAGCCGAGAAGUCCCGUUCCUCUACAAGCCCCACCGCAGCCACCACAGCCCCAGCAGAGAGGUGGCCGUGGUGAUGCCCACGCUGGCCCGCGGAGAAGCGGCAGCAGAGGGGCCCGUGGAGGGGAAGGAAGCUCGGGGUCUGCCAGCCAAACCCCGGCCCCCGGCCCAGCCUGCGGACCCGCUCCUCAGACACCCCGUGACGGGCGAGGUGGUGGAGCGGGGCUCGCCCAUGGCCCUGCUCCUGGCAGCCAGGCAGAGGGCUCAGAAGGGGCGGCCUGGGGCCUCCGCCCUGGGACGGUCGCUGCCCGGGAGUCUCCGGGGCCACAGCAGCCCGCCGGAGGCCGCCGGCUCCGACAGCAUCAUUUACAACGCCGGGCGCCCCAACUCCUUCACGGUGGUCCCCAAGUCACCCCUCGAGGCUGAGAAGGACUCCAAGCUGCCGGCGGCCCCCAGGCCGUGGGCGUCCCGGCCAGGAAGAGACCCGGGGGGCACCGAGCCGAGCCACCGGCCCAGGUGGACGAACGGGGAGCCCGCGGCCUGGGCCAGAUCCGCCCCCGCCGCCGGCGGCCUCCCCAAGUCCUUCUCGUCGCCCCCUUCCCCUGCCUACAAGCGGGAGGAGCCGGAGGAGCUCGGCUUCGAGCUCAUCCCCCCGCCCCCCGAGUUCAGCAACGACCCCGAGCCCCCCGCCCCGGCCCCCCAGCCCCUGGGCCGCCGGCGAUCGCCCCCCAGCAGCAGCUUCCCGGAGGCGGGGCGGCCCCUGGACCUGGCCCCGCCGCCGGCGCCCGGCUUCUCCCGCUUCCCCGCGCCCGGGGGCCUGGAGCGCUUCCCGGGCGCCGGGCGCUCCCUCAUCAAGAAGCGCCUGUACGUCGGGGAGCCCCAGCGGCACCCCGGGACGCCCCGCGGCGCCACGGGGCGCAGCCUCAGCUCCCCCAACUGCUUCGGGCCCCAGCCCGGAGGCCCCGAGAUGCGGCGCGUCAACUCCGCGGGCCGCGCGCGCCCCGGCGGCCUCCACGCGCGCCGCGCCUCCCUGGAGGGCGGCGGCCGGGCGGCGGCGGAGCCCAGGGCCGCGGCGCCCCCCGGCGGCGGCGGCGGGGACUGCAGCCUCGCCCCUCCGGCGGGCAGGUCACCCCAUGGCAGCGGCCACUACGGAAGCCCCGUGAACACGUUCACCGUGCGGCCUGGGACCCGCCACCCCAUCUCCUACGCCUACACCGGGGCCCGCCGGAAAGCCACCUCCUGAGCCCCGGCUCUCCGCCCCGCUCCGAGGGAUCUGCCGGUGGAUCUGCCGGGCCCUUGUUUCAUGGGGGGUGGGAGGUUCACGGCAGGCGUUAGACACGGAGGAUUCUUUGUUCCCCCAAGACAGACAGACAGAUGGAAGGUAGUCACCUAGGGAGGACGGAGCAGGCUUCUGUUUCCCAAAGCACCAGUGCUGCUGUGCAUUGUGGGAAGUUGGGGGGGUGGGGAGAGGAGGGAGAGGAGGAACCUUAUUCUCUGUCCUCCAGUACUGUGGGCUUUAGCAGGAUUCACUGGAAGCAGUUUUACAAGCAGGGCCUACCGAGCAGUAAGUCAGGGGUGAUGGGCAGCUGUGCUUGCGUUCCGGCGGGUGCCCGCACUAUAGGCUGGUCUCUCGAGGCGCCCCCAGAUGCCACUAAGAGGCGAUGCCU